AAGCCCGGAAGCUGAGUCGCGCGCACCCAUGGCCCAUGGGCCAUGGCCAAUCAACAGAGCCAUCUCUCCCGCUCUCAAAUGAUUAUAUCAGCAAAGAAGGUUUUCUAGCUUCCUUCAGUGGAAGACAUGAAUUUUCUGAGGAUCCACAACGGUAGCUACCAGCCUCGAAUUUUACAUGUCGACCAACUUCCCCAUCUUCGUCACCUCUCUGCAACGGUCCAGUUACCCUCGACACAAAGAUUGAGCCUUAUCAGUUCGUCGACCAUUUUGCCACUCUCUCUGCGUAAACCCACCUUCAAGUUUUCGAGUAUCCCGAGAAUCAAUGCUUCGGUUGUGGAUGGGAAAGAGGAAGAGCGUCAAGAAGAACGAGAAUCGGAAGAAGGGUUAUCCAAUGAUGGGAGGGAGACGGAUUACUUGGCGCCUGAUGGUGAUGUCUACCGCAAUACGCUGAGACUGGUUGAAUGCUCUAUGUUUGCUGCUGUCACUGGUCUCGUCUACUUUUUGAGCAAUUCACUUUCGAUUGAGAAUUACUUCGGAUGCUUCUUUUCGUUGCCAAUUGUAAUAUCUUCACUUAGAUGGGGUGUGGCAGCAGGGAGAAAAACUAUGGUAGCAACUGCUAUGCUCUUGUUUGUGUUGUCUGGUCCUGUUAAGGCAUUAACCUAUCUGCUGACUCAUGGCAUACUUGGUUUGACAAUGGGCUCCUUGUGGAGGUAAGUGAUUUUCGAUUUUGAGAAGUAGUUUUACGGCCUUCGUAUCCUUCACCAACGAGAAGAAAAGAUUUCCUAUAGACUUCGCUUGUUCCUGAGUUCUACUAUUCAUUUCUGUUUGGGAGCAAAUCUUCUCAUAAUCCAAACAAAUUGUGCGAAUGUCUCUUUCGUGUAACACUUGGCUGGUAUAAGAUUUACUACUGUUUUGUAGAAAACGUGAAGGAGAAGUUUAUUGAUAUCAAAUUCUUCCAAUAACUCUGGAUUUGGUUGUUGCCAUCUUUCAGCUUACAAGCAAACUGGACAGUUUCGAUAUUUGUGUGCACGAUAGCUCGAGCAACUGGCGCCAUGGGAUAUGUUUUCACGUCCUCAUUCUUAAUACGAGAAAACAUACUUGCUCUGAUUACAGUAAACAUCCACGCCUCUCUGAGUUAUGUGUUUGCUGCCACUGGCAUUAAUACCAUUCCAUCGAUGAAUUUCAUAUACGCACUGUUCGGAAUUCUUGUAUUGAUAAACAGCGGAUUCUUUGUGUUCCUACUGCACCUCUUGUAUUCCGUGUUUCUAACUCGCCUUGGAAUGAGAAGUUUGUUGAGAUUGCCAGCAUGGCUUGACAGGGCCCUAUGAGUCAGUGGCUCUGCAGUUGUUAUCAGCAUCAUGUAUUACCACAACCAAUUGGCAUGUUGACUGCGAGAAUAUGAUGCAACUGCAAUUAUCUCGCACUACAGGUAGAUAGUUCUCCUUUUAGCUACUUUGGAGAGACGCAUCACAGGUAGGCGGUUCAAUCUUGUAUAAGAAACUCAUGGGAAUGAAUUAAUUGACCUCCCUUUGUAAAGAAGUUCAAUCUUCUGAUAUAACAUUUUCAUAAGCCAUGUAAAUUCCUCACUUUUCACAUCAGCCGUUGUAUUCUCUUACAAGGAGCUGGGUUUGUUUUACUCUUAUCUCUACCACUGAUUGCAAU